AUGAGCUUGCCACAUGCACUCAUCCUACCAUACCCGGCACAAGGUCAUGUUAUCCCCCUACUGGAGCUCUCUUACUGCUUGAUUGAUAAUGGUUUCAAGAUCACAUUUGUCAAUACUGAAAAUAACCACAAGCGUGUUCUUGCCAACUUGUCCAAGAAGGAAGGUGAAAUGAAGGGAAUAAAUUUGGUUGCAGUACCAGAUGGAUUGGAAUCUGAAGAAGAUCGGAAAGAUCUUGGGAGGGUUAAUGAUGGUUUUCUGAAGAACAUGCCUAUAUGUUUGGAGGAAUUGAUACGAAGGAGUAAUGAGUCAGAAGAUGACAGGAUCACAUGUAUGAUAAUUGACGUUAGCAUGGGAUGGGCUCUUGAGAUCGCUAAGAAGAUGGGACUUCGGGCAGCUGCAUUCUGGCCAGCAUCUGCCGGGAUUUUGGCAACAACGUUGAGCAUUCCCAAGUUAAUUGAGAAUGGUGUCAUUGAUCCAGAGGGAACACUAAAGCAACAGAUGUUCCAACUGGAUGCAGACAUGCCACCCAUGAACUCCAAUCAUUUAGUGUGGACUUGCUUUAGUGACCCUGAAUUACGACCAAAGCUCUUCAACUACACAGUCAACAGUAUUCGAGCAGUCAAGAUUGCUGAACACAUAAUUUGCAACUCAUUCAAGGAGAUUGAGCUGCCAGCAUUCACCUAUGCCCCAAAUAUAAUUCCUGUGGGACCAUUAUUGACAGGCGAGCGGUUUGGAAAACCUAUUGGUCACUUCUGGCCUGAGGAUGCAACUUGCAUGGCUUGGCUCGACGAGCAGCCAGCCAACUCAGUCAUCUAUGUGGCCUUUGGGAGCUUCACCAUCUUUAACCAAAUCCAAUUCCAAGAGCUUGCUCUAGGGCUUGAGCUCUCAGGAAGAACAUUUUUGUGGGUAGUGAGGCUAGACCUAACAAGUGAGACAAGUGAUGCCUACCCAGAAGGCUUUAGAGACCGAGUUAUGACAAAGGGGAGGAUGGUGGGUUGGGCACCUCAACAGAAGGUUUUGGCACACCCUUCUAUUUCUUGUUUCAUAUCCCAUUGUGGCUGGAAUUCAACACUAGAAGGGGUGAGAAAUGGAGUGCCUUUCUUGUGUUGGCCUUACUUUGCUGAUCAAUUCCUCAACCAAAGCUACAUUUGCGAUAUUUGGAGGAUUGGUUUGCAGAUGAUAGCUAAUGAGAGUGGGAUCAUAACAAAGGAACAUAUCAAGUUGAGAGUGGAAGAAUUGCUUGGUGACAAGACAAUGAGGGCAAGAGCAUUAGAGCUGAAGGAAAUUGCAAAUAGAUCUGUCAUCAAAGGAGGGUCUUCAUUUGAGAAUCUUAAAAGUUUUGCUGAUGCCAUGAAAUAAUGAAGAACUUGAUGAAAACAAAAACGAGGAUGAAAGACUCAUGCUGUCAAGAUGUAUUGAACGGGCCAAAAAUGUAUCAAAUUCAACAAAUGAGAUAUGAACACAGCUUUUAUCAGAAUUUUCUAAGAAAAGAGAUAUUUGAAUUACUAUCUAAUUUGCGCAGAGAGUGGCAUCGAGGACAUGCAAUCCAUCAUCUGCACUUAUACUUAUUCACAGAAGGAUGACAACAAUGACACGAGAAACAUAUCUGAUAGUAAGAAGAUGCUUGCUCACUUGUCUUCGUCCAUCAAAAUUCUCAACAAUGUUGGCUUUUUCUCCUUGUUUCUGCGGUGUUCCAGUUAUAGAA